CGCGGGUUGCUCUGGGAUGGUGGCUGGUGCUCGGACUGCGGUGGUGCCCUGAACGCUGUAGAAGAGAGAUGCCAUUGUGACCAUGACUGAAAACACUACAUUCAUGUCUGAUACCACAAAAAGCCUCUUGGCAGAUUCUUCUGUUCUUGACUCAAAAAUUAUAGAAAAUUCCAAGGAAAAUGUAUUCAUCCGAGUUGCUUCUGACAGUAGAGAGGAAAUACCCCCGAUUGAAAUCAAGGUUAUUUUAGUUCAGGAAGCUGCAAGAUGUGAGAAACUCAUAACAGCCUUAGAGGAGAUUAAAGUGCCCUACAUAAAGAUGGAAUCUAUGAAAACGUGUGAUGACUCUGAAUCACUGGAGGUUGAGGCUGUCUUUGUAAUAUCAGACUUUGAAGAACCCAUUUUUCGUAACUUGAACAAGGCAGACUGCAGGAUCCUUGGGCCCCCAGUGGUAUUUCAUUGUGCUAAACAAGGCGAGCCUCUACCCAUUGUGUAUCGUCCACUGUACUGCACAAAUAUGGUGAAUCUUGUGUUAUGCUUCACAGGAUUCAGGAAGAAAGAUGAACUGGUUAAACUGGUGACUUUGGUUCAUCAUAUGGGAGGGAUUAUUCGGCGGGACUUCAGUUCCAAAGUUACACAUCUAGUGGCUAACUCUACACAAGGAGACAAAUUCAGAGUAGCUGUGAGUCUUGGCACUCCAAUCAUGAAAGCAGAAUGGAUUUAUAGAUCUUGGGAGAGAAGAAAUGACAUUGAUUUUUGCGCUGCCAAUGAAGAAUUUAGGAAAGAAUUUAAAGUGCCACCAUUUCAGGACUGCAUUUUAAGUUUUCUUGGAUUCUCUGAAGAAGAGAAAAAGAACAUGGAAGAAAUGACAGAAAUGCAGGGAGGACAGUAUUUGCCUGUUGGUGAUGAACGCUGUACUCAUCUUAUAGUUGAAGAAAACACUGUAAAAAAUAUUCCAUUUGAGUCCUCUCAGAGCCUUUUUGUUGUAAAGCAAGAGUGGUUCUGGGGAAGCAUACAGAUGGAUGCCAGAGCUGGAGAAUCGAUGUACUUAUUUGAAAAGCCAGACAGUCCUGAAUUGAAGACUUCAACCUCGGUCCUUUCUCUAAGUACUCCCAACAGCAACCGGAAGAGACGACGUUUGAGAGAAACCCUUGCUCAGUUGACCAGAGAAAUGGACAUGUCUCCCUUCCCACCUCGGAAACGGCCAUCGGCCGAACAUUCCCUUUCCAUAGGAUCUUUAUUGGACAUUUCUAAUACACCGGAGUCGAGCAUGGCUAACGGAGAAACUCCCAAAUCCUGCACAAAGCCAUCCAAAAACACAUCUCCCUUUCCUUCAAAGCAAUCCGCCAGGUGGCAGGUUGCAAAGGAGCUCUAUCAGACAGAAAGCAAUUAUGUAGAUAUCCUGACAACUAUAAUCCAGGUCUUUCAAGUCCCUUUGGAAAAGGAAGGACAGCUUGGAGGCCCUAUACUUGCACCAGAAGAAAUCAAAACAAUCUUCGGCAGUAUUCCAGAUAUCCUUGAUGUACAUAUUAAGAUAAAGGAAGACCUUGAAGACCUUAUGAUAAACUGGACUGAAAACCAAAGCAUUGGAGAGGUUAUACUUAAAUAUUCUAAAGACUUGGUGAAAACAUAUCCUCCUUUUGUGAACUUCUUUGAAAUGAGCAAGGAAACCAUUACCAAGUGUGAAAAGCAGAAGCCCAGGUUUCAUGCUUUCUUGAAGAUAAAUCAAGCUAAGCCAGAAUGUGGUCGCCAGAGUUUGGCAGAACUCCUUAUUCGGCCAGUACAGAGACUGCCCAGUGUUGCCCUUCUUCUAAAUGACCUCAAGAAACACACCGCAGAAGACAAUCCUGACAAGGCCACCCUAGAGAGCGCCAUUGAGUCGUUAAAGGAAGUGAUGACACAUAUUAAUGAAGACAAAAGGAAGACUGAAGGUCAAAGACAGAUUUUUGAUGUUGUUUAUGAAGUAGAUGGUUGCCCAGCUAACCUCUUGUCGUCUCACCGCUGUCUAAUUCAGCGCCUGGAAACGGUUGCACUUGGGGAUGACCUCUGUGACAGAGGGGAACAGGUCACCCUUUUCCUUUUUAAUGACUGCCUGGAGAUUGCAAGGAAACGGCACAAAGUCAUCGGUGGCUUCAAGAGUCCUCACGGCCACACCAGGCCACCAGCCUGCCUCAAGCACGUCAUCCUCAUGCCUCUGUCUCAGAUCAAGAAGGUACUAGACAUCCGAGAGACAGAAGACUGCCACAAAGCCUUUGCACUGGUUGUACGGCCGCCAACGGAGCAAAGCAAUCUUUUGUUCACUUUUCAAAUAACAACUGAGGAACUUCUCAAGGAGGACUGGCUGAAGAUGCUGUGUCGGCAUGUAGCGAACACCAUAUGCAAAGCAGACGCUGAAAAUCUUAUUUAUGCAACUGAUCCUGAUUCUAUUGAAGUAAACACGAAAGAUGUGGAUAGUACAUUGAGUAGAGCAUCACGGGCCAUAAAGAAAACCUCGAAGAAGGUUACACGAGCGUUCUCUUUUUCCAAGACCCCAAAGAGAGCCCUUCGAAGAGCUUUGAUAGCCCACAACAGCGUAGAUGGCAAGAAUUUCAGCACCACUAAUGAAAGCUGUUUAGGGGGGCGCCUUGCCAGUACCUCAUCUUUAGCAAUGAUGCGUACUGCUUCUACAUACAGCUUAAAUGGGCAAAUUAAACAUCCCAUAAACAUACAACGUUCCAACUCUAUUGACGGGACCUCCCAAAAUAUUAGAUCUCGACCUCUAGUCCGUUCUUCCCAUGAUCUAGAAGGGCGACUGGCUUCCAGCUCUGAAAACUUAAAGAGUUGCUCCCUGGCCAGGUGCUAUCCAAUCACCAGCAGUGAUGAAGUUUAAGCUGCUUAAAAGCAUCCAUUCUCCUUCCUUGAUCCAUCUGCCAUCACUUUUUGAAAAGAGAAACCAUACCUUCAGUCGGUCAACUACUCAUUUGAUAUGAAGUGGAUGGAAAGAGGAGCUGCAGCUUCAUAUGGGGACCAAAGGAAGUCCUAAGUGUUCAGGCAACCAUAUACUGACAUAAGUGGUAGUACUUAGGUAGCACUUAGUGGCGAUUAGUUAACUUUUAGAUAACACUAAGUUAAACCACCAGAAAUGCUCUGAUUUUGCCUGCAGAGCAAACAAAGGAUGGACCUUGUUACAGAUAAAAUAUUAAUUUGCACAGAUUGCUUUACGUACAUAAUGGGGGUAUUUUGCUCAAAGUAAACCAUUAAAACGACCUGCGUUUUUAAUAGCCUUUGUACAUGGGAUGUUGUCAAGUAGCUACUGCAUGGAUGAAUAUUUAAAGUAAAAUAUUUGUUUCACAUCUGAAAUAGAGAUAAUAGAUGUCCUUUAAUAUUGAAGCCUUCAAUAUUCUGUCAAAAAGAAAUAUUUUUUUAAAGCUUAAAUAUAUUUCAGUGUGGCAAUAUGGUGAUGGAUUCCUGAUAACCUCUGUAUCUGUCCAAAGAUCUAAAAUUUAUCUGUUUU